AUGCAUAAAUAUAUUCUGGAAAAUGAAAGAUUUGUUUUCAUCGAACAAAUUUUAAAUGAAUUAAAAACGAAUGUUAUGUUAAUCAAUUGGAUUCAACAUUUAAUAACAGAUUUUCAAACAAAAACAACAAGUUCAAGUUGGAUUAUUUGGAAUUCAUUGAUAAAUGUUUAUUUCAAUUCAUCAGCAAACAUUCAAAUUCAACUCUCCAGUAGAAAACUCAUUGAACGAUUUCAACAACUUGUUUUUGUUCAAUUUUUCGUUGGGAAAUAUCGAAAUGAAUAUUUGAACAUAACUGAUGAUGAAAUUUCUUCAUUUUUUAUUCAAAAUAUCGAACAAUUCUUUAACGAUGAUUUAUUCAAAUCAAUUCUAUUUGGUUUAGAUUUAAUGACAAACAUUGAGUUCGAAAUCAUUCGAUCUAUCUUACCGAUCUUAGCUGAAUUAAUAUUGAAACAGAAAGAUGUUGGUUUUUCAUAUACAUUUCGAGUAGUUGGACAAAUAAUUCGUACUUUGAUCAUCGGUUCUCCUAAAACUGCCUUCGAAAUGAAACAUCUUGAUAAAUUUCAGUUGUCAUUAUUUUCCAGUGGACUUGAAAAGCAAAAUUUAUUCGAAUCAAACAUGACUUCUGAUUGUCACGAACUUUUAAUGUCAAUUUAUAAUAAUAUCGAUGAAGGUGAACAAAUCAUAUCAAAGAUACGAUCGUUAAGCAAAGAGAGACUCGUGUUCUUACAAAAAUCAAUUGAAAAGCAAGCGAAAGACGCGUGUGCUCAUUUAUGUGAAACAUUUUCGUCGAAUAAAUCUUCUUCAAGAUUUCCAACGAACUGGUCAACCUCAUCAAAGUCUUCUCUCACUUUUUCGCUAUGCCGAUCGUGUUCAAAUGUUAUUUGCGCGAACACGAGCACAAGGUGCCGAUUGUCAACGAUUUCAUUGGAAUUAAAAGAACGUCUCGCUUUUGAAGACGAAUUGGAAAAGAUUCAAAAUGAACAUAGUCAAUGGACAUAUCUCGAAAAUAUCUCUGCUGCAAAUAUUCAAUUGAAAGAUAAAAUCAGUCAAAUCUAUUAUUCAAUUGUUGAAAACAUUCUUUCCAAUACUCAAUCAAUUUUAAUCUUACAUUUAUUGAAUUUUUCUUAUAAAUCAACAGAUUUUCGUUAUUUACAUGAAAAACAAAUCCUUCCACACGUAGUUUUACCGCUCAUUACUUGUCUCAACAUAUCCAAAGUGAACAUAACACAUUACAUCGCAUUCAAUUGGUUUCGAUUGUAUGUUUUACAACUAUGUGAACAUUUUCUCAAUGGUGAUUCAUCCGAAAUGAUCAAUGAACAACAACUAUUGAUUUUUCAUCAGUUCAUCUUUAACGAAUUAAAACAAAUCUCAUCCAAUGAAAUGAAAUCUGAAAGUAAUUCGUUUCGAAAAGCGUCAAUCUGCUAUUUCCAAAGCACGACGUUCGACAUUGCAUUGUAUCGGAAUCAAUGGUUAAUGUUUCUACUUCGAUGUGUAAAAUCUUCAUCUUAUCAGUUAUUACCAUUCACAAGCUUGAUUAGCUAUUAUGGCAAAAUCAACACCAACACAAUAUGCUUUUUCGUUCGUCACACGGAAGAAGGACGUGGCUUGAAUCGACCUUUUCAUGUCAUUGGUCGUCAUGUUGCUGAAGAUGCUUCAAGAAAUCUUCAAGAAGAAAUACUUUUCGAUAUUCUUGUUAAUCAAAUUCCCUCAUUUUUUUUGUGGACAAAGAUAAAUUGCCUCCUAUUAGCGGAAAUCAAGAAAUAUUUUUUACUGUUUACGUUACCGAUGAGAAUAAUUACGUUUCCAUGGUUAUCCGAUUGUGAUGAACACACACCAGAGUAUAUGCGUCGAAAGUGA